ACUCUCUGCCUCGCACUCGCCGAGGCCACAGGAGGAGCGGCGCCCCUCCUCCUCGGCCUCUGCCCGCCUUCUUUGCAGCACCAGCAGCAGUGCCACCAGCGCCGUCUCUCCCCUUCGUACAAGCGUGCGGAGAAAACCGGGCAGCCACCGAGAAAGGACCCGCGCUGCGCUUGUGGUCGCUGGAAGGGGAAGGUGGGCGCUCUCGGUCUCUCCACACGAGGUCGAACUACAGGGAGAAGCGGCCGCUGAAACGUGCGCGACGCUUGGCUCCCCCAUGCCGUGAACUGCGCGGCUCCCAGGAGGCAGGAUCCGAGCGGGCGGAGGAAGCGGCGGCUGUAAGUGGGACCCUCGCGCGCCGACCUGUUGCCGCGUGAACAGGUGUGGAAGAAAAUGUCAGUCAGCAUGCAUGAGAAUCGGAAGUCUAGAGCCAGCACUGGCUCUAUAAACAUAUAUUUAUUUCACAAAUCUUCGUAUGCUGAUAGUGUCCUCACUCAUCUGAAUCUUCUGCGUCAACAGCGUUUAUUUACAGAUGUACUUCUCCAUGCUGGGAACAAGUCAUUCCCUUGCCAUAGAGCUGUCCUAGCUGCCUGUAGUCGAUAUUUUGAAGCCAUGUUCAGUGGUGGUCUUAAAGAAAGCCAAGCCAGUGAAGUGAACUUCCACAAUUCCAUCCAUCCAGAGGUUCUAGAACUUCUCCUGGACUAUGCGUACUCUUCAAGGGUCAUCAUCAAUGAAGAAAAUGCAGAAUCCCUUUUGGAGGCAGGUGAUAUGUUAGAAUUCCAAGACAUUAGAGAUGCUUGUGCAGAAUUCUUAGAGAAGAACCUUCAUCAUACUAAUUGUCUUGGCAUGUUGCUUCUGUCUGAUGCUCACCAGUGUACCAAACUUUAUGAGCUUUCUUGGAGGAUGUGCCUUAGCAACUUCCAGACUAUCAGUAAAAGUGAAGAUUUUCUCCAACUUCCAAAAGAUAUGGUUGUUCAGCUGCUCUCUAGUGAAGAAUUAGAGACUGAAGAUGAACGAUUAGUUUAUGAAUCUGCCAUGAACUGGAUUAACUAUGAUCUAAAUAAACGCCACUGUUAUCUGCCAGAAUUAUUGCAGACUGUGAGAUUGGCUCUUUUGCCAGCCAUCUAUCUAAUGGAAAAUGUAGCUACUGAAGAGCUUAUCACCAAGCAAAGAAAAAGUAAAGAGAUUGUAGAAGAAGCAAUCAGAUGCAAAUUGAAGAUUCUGCAGAAUGAUGGUGUAGUCACUAGCUUAUGUGCUAGGCCUCGAAAAACUGGGCAUGCCUUAUUUCUUCUGGGAGGCCAGACUUUUAUGUGUGACAAAUUAUAUCUUGUCGACCAAAAAGCAAAGGAGAUCAUUCCAAAAGCUGACAUCCCAAGUCCAAGGAAGGAAUUCAGUGCAUGCGCAAUUGGCUGUAAAGUCUAUAUUACUGGUGGUCGAGGAUCUGAAAAUGGAGUCUCUAAAGAUGUUUGGGUAUAUGAUACACUUCAUGAAGAAUGGUCCAAAGCAGCUGCAAUGCUAGUUGCUCGGUUUGGCCAUGGUUCUGCUGAACUCAAACACUGUCUAUAUGUUGUAGGAGGUCACACAGCAGCCACUGGUUGUCUUCCAGCCUCUCCUUCAGUAUCCUUAAAGCAAGUAGAACAGUAUGAUCCUGUGACUAACAAAUGGACAAUGGUUGCCCCACUUCGAGAAGGAGUAAGCAAUGCCGCUGUAGUCAGUGCAAAGUUAAAACUCUUUGCUUUUGGUGGUACCAGUGUCAGUCAUGAUAAGCUUCCAAAAGUACAAUGUUACGACCUGAGUGAAAACAGGUGGACUGUACCAGCCACUUGUCCUCAGCCAUGGCGAUACACCGCUGCAGCUGUUCUGGGUAACCAAAUUUUUAUUAUGGGUGGAGAUACUGAAUUCUCUGCUUGCUCAGCUUAUAAAUUCAACAGUGAAACCUAUCAGUGGACUAAAGUGGGAGAUGUGACAGCUAAGAGAAUGAGUUGCCAUGCUGUUGCAUCUGGAAACAAAUUAUAUGUUGUGGGAGGCUACUUUGGAAUCCAGAGAUGCAAAACAUUAGAUUGUUAUGACCCCACGCUUGAUAUGUGGAACAGCAUAACCACAGUGCCCUAUUCACUAAUUCCAACUGCAUUUGUGAGCACAUGGAAACAUCUCCCUUCUUAACUACAUGUGUGCCUGUACAGUUUAUUGCAUUAUAAUGCUGAAUAAACCUUGGAACCAACUGUGGAGAAGAGGUUUUGAUGAAGACAUUUCUUUUUUGAAUUUGAAGAAGAUACUCUGCACCUUCCAAAUUCUUAAAAGUUGGAAAUGAAGGAAUGGGAGCGGGAAUAUUGUUUUUGGUAUAUCAGCACAUGGUUUAAUUAUGAAUGAAUGAACUCAUGGUCUGGUCCUUGUGUUAGUAAUUGUGGAUUAAUGUCAAGUUUAAUAAUCCUUUCAAGGGGGAGAAGUAAGGGGGGAUGAACUUUUCAGAGCUGGAUAACACAGCACAACCCUCAAUUUUCAUGGACUUUGCUUUUUUUGUGUGCAGAAUUUGAAAUGGUUGUCACCUCCCUUUGUGACAAUUUGAAGUGUCAACAGCAGCUGCAAAGGAAGCGGACAAGGCCUGGCUCAGCAAGAUGUAUCUCUUUUUGAAUGAAGAUCCAGCUCUGCCCAGGGGGAUGGGCUUUGUCUUAGGCCAGGGGUCUGCAACCUUGACAACUUUAAGACUUGUGGGCUUCAGCUCCCAGAAUUCCUCAGCCCCCUGGCCUAGGCAGUGCCAGGAGCAUCAGAUUCAAUCGGUCAGCUGCAUUGUGGCUCUGAAUUACUUUCUUAGGGAGCAGCAGCUCAAUUAUUAAAAAAACAAUAUUUUUUUUCCCAGCAUCUUAUGUGAAAGAGAAUGACUCCUCUUUCCUAAAUACAUGCAAUUUAUUUCUUCUUGUAUUUAUUAUGACUGUCCUGCUUCUAAAUUGUUACUUGUUGUAGAUACAGCUAUUUAUUGUUCAGGGCUUGCAUGCUGAAACAAAGCCUGAAGUAAUUUUCAAGUAUAAGGGCUUAUGGGACUCUUAUGUUUUGCACAUUCUGUGAUUUCUGACUUGCUCCGCUGCACAAAAAAAAGCUGAAUAAUAUUUGAGAAGAGAGUUGGGUAGGGGUCAGAAUGGAACUAUUGCAAGGUAGCAUUUUAAAUUGUACAUGUACUGAAGGACGAAGCCAUGAGGUUGUUUUCUCAAGCCAUUGACUCCCUAAAUCACAUUUGUGCCCCGCUGGUAGUAUUUCUGUUACAUUUUUUUUUUAACCUAGUCAUGCCUUUUGAAUGAAAACAUCUAGAAAGAGAGAGACAAUAGCUUUUGUAGCUUUCUUUUUGUGCAGCCUCAUCACUACUGGAAAGGGGACUGGAGGGAAAUUCUAUAGAACCUUUUUUUUUUCUCCAAUAAGCGAUGUCCAGUUUUGUUUUGUUAUUUAUUUAUUUAUAGCUCAUGGGAUGUUUAAUGUGCCAUUUAUAUGACCAGGGGAACUUUAUUCUCUUUAAGAGAUGGGAAACCCUAGGGGAAAAGAGUUAGUUUCUAGUUAAAUUAACACCAAUUCUCUUGGUUUAUUUUCUUGGAUUAAAAUGGAAUUAAGACCCAUUCUUCCCCCAUCUGUUUUUUGAUAUAAUAUUAUAAUUUGAUAUAAUAUUAUAUCUAUAAUAUUAUAUCUAUAUUAUUAGGUAUAAUAAUUAGGAUGCUCAAUGGGGGAACAGGGAAUUGCUAAAUUCAUUUAAUAUAUUGUUUUGCAUUAAUUAGCAAAUUGAGCUUUCAGAAGAACAGUAGCUGGAAGUAUUAUAUGUAGGGUCCCGAUCAAUUAAAGGAUUUUUAAAUGUCCUAUACCACCAACUUAUUUUUUGGCUUGAAUGUAGAAGUAAACCUGUUCAGUCUUUCCUGGUGUACUUAGCCCAUAGUUCCUUUGUUUAACUUUCUAGCUGUGCUUUUCAUAAGAAUUGGUACAGCCAAACAAUACACUGCUACCAGUCCUCCAUUGUGGUUGGUUGUCUUAAUGUUGUGUAAGCAAAUUAUUUUGAAAUGCAUGCAUGCAUGCUUAUAAAGAGUUAUGAUCACGUCUGCUUACAUUCUGAUAAUGUAGCUCAAUUCUGACAGUUUAUUGUAAAGAACAAUUUGUGUUCAUGGCAUAAUCCUAUAUGUGUUUACUCAGAAGUAAGUUGUAGUGUCUUCACUUGGGCUUACUCCCCAGUAAAUAUGUUUCACAUUGUAACCAUCGGCUUUAGAGAGCUUUCUCAUGUUGCCAUAGAGUUUUUUCCUGAUUCUUAAUAUAUAUGCAUUUCUUAUGUAUUAUCUUAAGUAAGAAAUGAAUGUACGUGAAGUUUUUCAAAUUGUUAAUUGUGAUUCUUAGCAUGGGUAGCAGAGAGGAUUUGAAGAAAGUCUGAAUUAUAAAACACAUAAACAUUGUAUUGUGAACUUCUAUUGAUUUAUACAUUAUUGACCGAAGUCUGAUUUCUUUGGUCAAUCUGACCAGAAAAUAUUGGUCAGUUGCCUUCAUUUAAGAAUAACUCUGCUUCUAAACUCUGAUUUAAAUAUCCAAGGGUGAAGUUAUAUUAAUAAUCAUUUCACUGAGGUGUUUGACAACCUGUAUACCACUGUGCAAGCUAAUGCACAGAGUACAGCUGCAUUAACUUAAGGAAGGAUAAGGUUAUGAUUUAUUAUUGUUUGUUGAUAUCCUAGAAGGGCUUGAUGGUAUUGCUUGGCAGUUUUGCAAGGCAAAUUGGAAAAUUUAGUAAAAACCUAUUACCAUUUAAUUUACAAAGCUACAAUAAUCAAUUCAAUGCAUUUCGUAUAAAGCCCUGCCUGCAAAUUCUUUCCAAAUAUCUCUUAAUUUACGUUAGGAUUGGAGAUAUUGUUGCUCCUAUAACAUACAUGCAGAUAAAGCAAUUGUAAGUGCUAGCACUAUGAGUACUUUUGCAUUCACUUUAUGCAGGAAGUAAUGGCUAUUUUUGUGUGUAUGUGUAGAAGGGUGAAAACAUAGAAAUGACAGAAUUCUGUGUGGGCACUUCUCCAUGGAAUUAAGUUUAUACGGCAAACCUGUUUUGUAAUACCAUCCAAUUUCCUAAAGAGUCUGAAGUUUUUGCAGUUGCAUUUCAAAGCAGUAGCUGCUUUCAAGGGCUUGGAUUUACUUCAUGGGUAUAGGCAGAAGGGAACAGAAAAUCAGGGUGGCCUCUCUAGCCCUGCAGGCGAAUAUUUUGAGCUCUUAGUCUUUGAAUCAGCAUGGGAAUCUUGAUUCACUACUUGGUGAUUUCCAGUCUGAAAAAAUAGCCCACACUUCUGAGACAAAUGCGGUUCACAUAAGAGUGCACACAAAAACCUUGGCAUAAGACGAGAAAGUUCUUUGUAUUUUGUGGGCUAGUUGCUGUGGAAACAUUAAACAAAGGACAACCUACCACUUCUGGUAUAAUUGUGUAGCCCCUUUUCUUUAGGCCUGACACCUGUCUGAAUAAGAGUGAUUAGAACUGAAUAGUGUCCCUUGUCUGGCAACUGAAGAUGCGGUUCACGUACAAAAAUAAGUGAAGUAAAAUGUCUAUGUGUUUCUUUGUAUGCUACUACAUUUUUGAGGUUUUGUAAAACUGGAUUUUUUUCACAAUGUGAAACUGAAGGUCAAUAAAUUAUUAGAGAUUUUCUCUUAAA